AUGGAUUCCGCUUCGAGAAAGGAGCAAGUUCUUCGGAACCUCUGGGGGAAUCAAACCGUCGACCAAAAGACGCUACCAGUCACUCCGUACAUAGCGGAAGAAUUGGUCGAGGGCAUCAAAGCGAUCGAUUUGAAAGACAUCGGCUCCUCACAAUGGUACAGCCACCACGAAGUUGUGCAACAGCUGAAUCUCCACGCUCAUCAACAGGCGACUGCCGCAACCGAUGAGUUUAUCGUGGAUACGCUAGUUACGGGAGACAAAAUUUACCACGAGGCCCUCCUGGUCAAUCUUCUGGAGGUCUUGCUCUACCACAAGACUGCUGCUCAGGCGGCCGAUGCACACCUCGUCGAUCUCGUCGAUUAUAUAAACCGACGUGUUGUAGACAUCACGCAACUGCACAGUCCGUCGCCGAGUUUGGAUACAGGCGUCCAGUUGCCGUCAGAUGAAGAAGAACUGGAACGCCAGGAGACGGACUGCCAGUAUAAAAUCUGCAUGACUUGCCUGUCCAUUCUCCGAUUCCUGACCGAUCACCGAGGCGGGUUGCCUGUAACCGUGACAAGUCGCCUCUUGGAUCAACAUGACAUCAUUCUCUCGCUGGUUUCCUUGAUGGAGCGGAAACCGUGGUACAGGCCGCGCCCGAACGGAGAAAGGGAAUUCUUUGAAGAUCACCAAUACGAGAUGACCACGUACAGACGCGACACACUCUUGAGGCUACGCAGACACCUGAACGAGACCGUCCACGACCAGAUUCCCCCCCUGAUGGAUUUGCAUCGAGUGCUCGAACAACUGGCAAUCACUGGCCAGCAUCCUGAGGAGAAACACAGAAUUCCACCCAUCUUGGUGGAGCUGAGCGCAGAAGUUCGCGAGACGCUCCUCGAACGCUACGCCGGCAAGUGGGACGAAAUUGCAGACGAGCAGAAAGAAGUGUUCAGCAAAACCCAAAAGGAUGAUCUCUCCCGCCUCUCCAACAGUAUGAUGUCUCUGCCCCUUGACUCCGUCACCAGCAGGCGAUGCAGAACAUGCGGUCGUCACGCUGACCAGAGGUGUGCAAAAUGCAAAGUUGAGUGGUAUUGCAGUCGCGAGUGCCAAAUCAGCGACUGGCGAAGCCAUAAAGAAGUUUGCAGAGCUGUCUCGUCUCCACCGACAUGA